UACUACGGGAAAGCACGCGAGCACACACGCAGAACACACGACGUUCUCCUUCACGUGCGUUCACUUUCUGACUCUUAAACAUUUUGUAGUCGUCUCUUUUUCGUAGUUUUUCUAGCUCUCCUAUAUGUUGACCAGCGGACUGCAACGUUAUCAGAAAGGUCAAGAUUUCUUACGUCUGUUCUUCCAUUCAUGAGUAGUCUAUGGUGGAAAUGUCCAACCCCGGUUGCGUCAGUUUGUUUAUCUUCCCGCCCCUCCCAGCUGAUGAAAACCGAACGCACUCACACAACCGAGCGGGAUAUUUCAUCAGCAACCACGACUAUAUCAUCUCUGCUCUUCGGUCUGUGCCCCAUACCAUAAUUAUCCAGAAGACAUUAAAGGCGACAUUGGCACCACGCGAGAACCGAGCAGAGCCACGUAGGUAGCUGGUGUUUUGGUGCCCUGACAGAUGGACUAUCAGCGAGAUGGACAGCUGAACUUUGCCCAGUUUGGUUGCCACUGCUCGUCUGCUGCAAAAUACUGUGACCACACACCUGCCACUUCCUGUUGGACCAAUACUAAACAAGUACUUGGUUUACCGACCCUUCUGCCCAAAGUACUUAUACUCUCAGUCCAGUCGCACAUGUUCUGUUUAAGUUGUGUCAAUCACAAACACCCACACUAGAAAGAUUUAAAACACAGCCUGGUUCAACACCCACACACAGUCACAGCAAAUAUGGCCAGCAAGCUGUCCAACUUUGGCAAAACCCUGCUGCGUCGCCGGGCAUUAAACGACGCUGGUGAAGAGUCCCAAUUCGCCCGCUGCCUGACUACCCUGGACCUUAUUGCCUUGGGGGUGGGUGCCACACUCGGUGCCGGUGUCUACGUUCUCGCUGGCGAGGUCGCUCGAGAGAAGGCAGGACCUGCUAUUGUCCUCUGCUUCCUCAUUGCUGCUCUGUCCUCCAUGUUGGCCGGCCUGUGCUAUGCUGAAUUUGGCGCCCGUGUCCCCAAAACAGGCUCUGCGUACCUUUACAGCUAUGUGACAGUUGGAGAAAUCUGGGCCUUCAUCACAGGGUGGAACCUCAUCCUCUCCUAUGUGAUAGGUACGGCCAGUGUGGCCAGGGCGUGGAGCGCAACCUUUGAUAAUCUUGUUGGGCAAAAGAUCUCUGACUUCUUUAAAGCCUUCAUGUCAAUGAAGGUGCCAGGGGGGUUGCUGGCAGAGUACCCCGACCUGUUCGCCCUCGUCCUCAUCCUGCUGCUCACUGGACUUCUGGCCUUUGGUGUCAGCGAGUCGGCGCUGGUGAAUAAGAUUUUCACAGGCAUCAAUCUGGUGGUUCUGGGCUUCAUUAUCAUCUCUGGCUUUGUUAAGGGGGACACAAACAACUGGAACCUGACGGAGGAAGACUACAUCAACUUCAUAAAUCGCACCAACAGCAGCAGGCCUUUGAAAGUUGAGGAGGAAUUUGGCGAGGGCGGUUUUGCUCCGUUUGGCCUCGCUGGAGUCUUGUCUGGUGCUGCCACCUGCUUCUACGCUUUUGUGGGCUUUGACUGUAUCGCCACAACAAGCGAAGAAGCAAAGAACCCCAUGCGCUCCAUACCUAUUGGCAUCGUGGCUUCGCUGCUGAUCUGUUUUUUUGCCUACUUUGGUGUGUCUGCUGCUCUAACCCUUAUGAUGCCGUACUACCAGCUGAACACCCAGAGUCCCCUACCUGAGGCCUUCACGUACGUCGGCUGGGCUCCUGCCAGAUACAUCGUGGCUGUGGGCUCUCUCUGCGCUCUGUCCACCAGUCUCCUAGGCUCUAUGUUCCCCAUGCCCCGGGUUAUCUACGCCAUGGCAGAGGAUGGUUUGCUGUUCCGGUUUCUGUCCAGGAUGAACGCUCGCACAAAGACGCCGCUCCUGGCCACCAUCGCUUCAGGCAUCAUUGCAGCUCUGAUGGCCUUCCUGUUCGACCUGGCAGCUCUGGUUGACCUCAUGUCCAUUGGAACUCUGUUGGCGUACUCUUUGGUGGCCAUCUGUGUUCUCAUCCUCAGGUACCAGCCAGGCAACCUGACUUCGUCCAGCCAGACGGAGAAACUGGUGGAGAUGGUGGAAGGGGAGAAGGUGGCCGUAAGUGGAGAGGACAGCGGUGACGACUACGGCAUGGAGGGGCCACUCCAAGAGACAUUCACCGCCAAGCUGCUCUUCUGCCCAAGUGGAAAGACCCCAACACAGAUCUCCGGGAACAUUGUCUACGCUACCACUGCUAUUAUUUCGGUUCUUAUCACUAUACUGUGCAUUAUCCUGGCCAACGGUCUCACAGAGCUGCUAGCCGGGCAUGCAAGCGUUGUGGUUCCCUGUGUCAUUUUGACUCUGCUCUGUGCCGUCUGCAUCAUCAUCAUCUGCAGGCAGCCCGAGAGCAAAGAGGCUCUCACCUUCAAGGUCCCUCUUCUUCCCUGGUUGCCCCUGUUUAGUGUUUUCGUCAAUGUCUAUCUCAUGAUGCAGUUGGACCUGGGUACAUGGUGCCGCUUCGCCGUCUGGAUGUUUAUCGGUUUCGCCAUCUACUUCUUCUACGGUAUUAAGAAUAGCAGUGAAGCUGCCAACCGGUCAUCCCCGCGCAAAUACGAGCCUGCACUGCAGGCCAAAAGCCCGAUUUACAAAGGCGCUCCUGACGAGAGUGACGUGGAAGCAGGCAGCCCCUGAUACAGACUGACAUAGACCUGGGGAGUGUUGCAGAGCAUUUACACUCUAUUUUGGCAAUCUAGUUGAACUGACCAGACCAGCCAAAUGCUGCAGUGUAGGCAGCCUGGAAUGCAGCUCUGGGUUUAAAGGAAGAAGAGACAAGGAAACGCUAUACACAUCUUACCUCUGACUUAGAGGCUGAUUAACUUGGAGGCUGAUUAACAUGAUGGCAAGACACUGUGACAGAGCCACUUUAUGACCCAUGUGUCUGUUUUAAUCUGUCUGUACUUAGACCUCUGGAGAUCUGCAUAUAACACAUGCUUUGAAUGGACCUAACUAACAAAGUACUGCGGUGCUCCUCAUGAAGUUCUGUUUCCUGUAAUCUGAAGCUGUUAAUCAGAUGAAUGUUACACUUCAAUUGUUUUCGUCUUUGCUUCCUCUCCGUUGUUAGUGUGCUGUAGCUGUGUGUGGAAUCGCCUGGCCACUAGGGGUGAAUAAGAACUACUGUGUACAUCACUAAAAAAAAUUGACUGAGUUUACGAUCGUCAAGACACUUGGCUCAGUGAGCUAGACUUCAAAACAGUAUAAGAAACAUGAAUAGCUUUCAGUAGGUGUAGUAACAUCUAGUUUAUUGGUCCUGGUUUAUUGCACCAGCCUGUGUGUGUGUGUGUGUGUGUGUGUGUGUGUGUGUGUGUGUGUGUGUAAACAGGGUAGCACUGAAGCCGUAUGGUUUUGUGUCAGUCAGGGCCUCAGUGCAGUUUGGUCAAGUAGUACAUGGUUGACAUGUUUUGUUUUUUGUUUUUCACCUUUUAUUUAUUCAGGGGGGAGUUUCACAGAGAGCAUUGUCUCCUUUUUCACAAACGCCCUGAUCACAUUCAAACGGUUACAUAUUCACACCUGGAAGCUGUCCAGUACUGCUAGCCGCUGAGCAGCUCCACUGGAGUGGCUAGGGUUAAAGGCCUUGCUCAAGGGCACCUUAGUGGUGGAAAUGAGGGAGGGGCAAGCACCGCUUUUUUCACCUUCCCCACCCAGAUUUAUCCUGCCAGUCCGGGGCCCAACAACCUUCGGGUUACAAGCUUGCUUCUCUAACCUUUAGGCCACCAUAGAAUUGUUUGUUUGGGAUAGCUUUCUUUUUUCAUUUUGCCUUUCCAUAUCAAUCUCAAUCAAUUAAAAUGCUUUUUAUAUGUAUUUUAAUCAUUAUAUGUACAGAUUUUAGUGUGCUGAUCUUUUUGUUCUCCCUUGUUGCUUCCACAAUGUUUUUAUUUUUAUUUUUUAUUUCUUUGCUGCAAAUGUCUUGCAUCAUCAAUUGAUUUAAUUGUGAUAAUCCUGACCAAAUGAACGUGUUUUUGGAAACUUGAGUUUCCAAAACAAAGAAUGACCACUAAAAGUAUCUAAAUUGUUUUAAAAAUGUUUAUUGUAUCUUUUCUUGCUUGCUUGCCAGUGAUGGACCCCUGUGAAGGGUUCAUUUCUCAUUAAAAGGUUAUGUGAUGUGGCUCUUCACACCCAGCCCUUUUGCCUUUUUUAAUAAAAAAUCAUCUCCCCUCUCAAUGCUAUGCAUUAACAGCAAUGACCUAUUUUUGUUUUUCUGUUUUAUAUCCUGUACAUAUGGCUAUCAUGUAUAAAACAAACUGUAUUUUAAAUGUUUUUUGUUUGUUUUUUUUAAUAAAAAAUGAUUCAUGCUUCA